AUGGCUGGUCAACAGACGCAGAUUUUUGAAGACGAACUACCUCUGAUUCGAUGCCUUCCUGAGUUAGAUAACUUUCGCAACAAGCGCACACUAACCGACCUCUCGAUUGAGGUAGGUAAACAUCGCAAUACUUUCAUCGCCUUCUCCGAUUUAAAGCUACAAAACAACGUCGUGCUGCAUGUGCACAAGGUUGUUUUGGCCUCCAGAAUAGUCUCGCUGCGUAAUUCCGUGUGUAGAAUGCCCAAAGCGGGGAAGGCUGUCCUUCAAUGGCCAACAGUCUCUUCUGAAGUCGCUAAACCCCUAAUUGAAUAUGUUUAUACGGGCCAGCUGAAGGUCAACGAAGCCCAUGCUGCCGGUCUGGUAAUGCUUUCAAAACAACUUUUACUGCCUCACGUUGAAGAGUGGGUGCUGGGUUUUAUGGCUGUCAGGCUAAAUGCUGGCAAUAUUGCAAAUAACUGGAAUUUUGCGCGAAUGCUACACAACGACCAGUUACAGAACGCCUGCCUCGAGCAUAUCAAGAAAACAUUUGAGACCACAAUCGCAAGCGAUUUUUUCCUGCAGCUGCCGUUAGACAGUGUCUUGUCCAUUUUGCGGGCAGAUGACCUUGAAGUGGACAAUGAAGAACGAGUGUUCGAGGCGAUUCGACUGUGGGUCAGCCCAAGUGGUGAAGUAGAUAACACCCGAGUGGUUCACGCAGCAGAAAUGAUGAGGGAAGUACGAUGGAAUCGAGUAAAUCCCGACUUCCGAUACAAACUACUUGAGAAUGAGGGCUUUUGGAAUACGAAUGUUGAGUGUUUACGACUUCUAGGCCGUAUAUCUGGCUGGUUUGAAGGCCCAUCUUUAAGGACGGGUAGAGAGUGUCCAUUUAAUGAUAAUCGCAGAAGUGCAUUUGAUGACAUCUGUCUUGUCGGUACUUCGGCAGCCAGCAGUCAAUCGGUAUUGAUAAAGUACGAUACCGUGACAAGCACUUCAGAGCAGCUGGAAAUAUUAGGGAACCGAAGCUCUGCAGCCUUUGUCGGUAUUGAGGGUGAGUUUCAAGCAGCUUCAUGA